UCCACUACUAAUUUGCAGCUUAUUUACCAUUAUUGACAUGUUAAGGUUUAAGAGAAAAAAGUACUUAGUAAGAUUUGGAAGCGAAAACAGCCAGCAUCACAAACAGAGAGCAAGGAAUCAUUUUCAUGUUUUGUGUGUGUGUGUGUGUGUGUGUCAGGGACAGGCAAGAGUCUUUGUGUUAAUUCCAUCUCAAACAGAAUCGGAGGAAAUGUUUGUGGUUUUAGAAGGUUCGAGUUUAAUUCACGUUCUACAGACUAAAGUACACACGCUGAUGUACUUCAUCACUCCAGGCCAUAACCAGCAGGAGACAGUGUGUGUGAGAGCAUACACACACAUUAGAGGUGUGCUGCGGUAUGUUGGCGUGUCAUUUCUGAAGUAUGUUAAGGACGAUGCACAGGAGAUGGCUGAGUACUUUGUAUCCCAUAGCAACCAGCUUGGCACCAGUGAAUACAGGGAUCUGAUUGGCCGAUAUAAUCUGAGUGAUAGCAGUGUGCGAACAGAGAUGGAUAAAAAAGUUGCACUUGCUCUAGCAAACCUGCAGAUCAACCACAACCUGCUGAAUCACAUGCAUGAGUCUCUGCUGCAUGUGUGUGUGCGUUUGGGUUUUGUGCAAGUGUGUGAGUUUCUGCUCUCUCAGCCUGGAGCUCUUAUGGUUAUUCAUUCAGCCAAUCAGGAAGGAGACACUCCACUUCAGCUGGCCCAGCAGACCAAUCAGCACACACUCGUGCACCUGCUCACACAUCCUCCAAACCCUCUCGUCACUCCUGUUGUUGGAGUGUCUCACAUUCUAAUCGACUCAUCCCACCUUUUGCGCUUUAUUCAUGCCUCUGGAGUGAUGUCACUGUCGAUGUGUGUGUCAGAAUGUGUGUCCUCUACUCAGUUACACUCAGCCAUCUCACUGCUCAGACACUGUGUUAUGGACCAUGUCCUAAUACCCAAGAUUACAUCAUUAUGUCGACAUAUACAGUGCAGAUCAUAUCAGGAGUCUUUAUCAUCAUCUUCAGAGGAUCUCCAGUCAGGAGAAUCUCCUCACACUGUUGUUACACACGCAGAUUUAAUCAGCAGCUGCAGCGACCUUGAAGAUGAAGAACUUUUACUGUCCAUAAGCUCAGGUGGAUCAGCCACUGAGGCAAACACUGCAACUGUGUGCAACCAUGAACGCACACACACACAAAAGCAACAUUUCACUGAGGCUGAGAGCAGAACAAAUACGCUGAUUUGCACAGGAUAUCUUGAAGAAACAGCUCUCAUCAGUGAGAGUAAGUUGGCUGUUAAUGAAAGAGCAGUUGUGGAGGAGACAAGCAAAUGGCCGGUGUGGAAAUCGACUCAAACUGUCACACACAAGGUCCCACUGAAGGCAUCUACACUCUCCAUGUUGCUUUGUUCAUCAAGCCACAGCUCUCCAUCCCUGUUCACCAGCAGCCACAAGAACUCCACCUGUCACAGGAGGAGGAGGAGUAACAGCGAGGGGUGUGGUCAUGAGAUGUCAGUGAGGAAAUCAUGGUCUCUGAUUGGUCAGUAUGUCAGUUGUGCCUCAACUCCAAGCAAAAUCACAGUUCCUGCUCCACUGGACUAUUCCUCUGAGUCGUGGAGUGCUGUUGUUGGGUUUGAAUAUUCCCACACAGUUGACCGAAAAACUGUGAAAAGACAGGAAGUGAUCUAUGAGCUCAUGCAGACAGAGUUUCAUCAUGUUCAGACUCUCACGGUGAUGACUGAUGUAUUGAGGCGGGGCUUAUUGGAGGAGGUGCAACUUGAACAUGAUGUGAUUGGUCAGAUUUUUCCAUGUUUGGAUGACCUCCUAACUCUGCACAGGAACUUCCUGACAGAGCUGGAGAACAGACACCACACUGCAACCCACCUGAGCACCAACAAGAACUUCAUUAUCCACAGGAUCGGAGACAUACUGCUACAGCAGUUCUCAGGUCCAUCUGCAGGUCACAUGAUGGCUUUGUAUGGAAAUUUCUGUAGUAAACAAUCUGAAGCACUGAAAAUUUAUAAACAACUUCAACAGAGCAACAGGAAACUACAGCUAUUCCUCAGACAGAGCAGUAAUUCCGUUAUUAAACGCAGAGAAAUCCCAGAAUUCCUGCUGCUCGUCACACAGAGAAUCACAAAGUACCCUGUCCUGCUGGAGAGACUACUGCAGCACACCGAUGAGUCUGGAGUUGAGCAUGAUGAUGUCAUGGCGGCACUGGAGGGGGUGCGGUGUGUAUUAUCAGGUGUUGAGCUGCAUGUGGAGAAAAUCCAACGUGCACGAGAACUUGAUGAUAUCAUUAACCGUCUGGAUCACAAGAGCUUCACCCGCCUGAAGAGUGGAGAGAUCUACAGCAAACACACUCUCACACACAAACCACACACACUUACACACUCCGCUACACUCACUUGCAGGACUACAUCAGGCAGACUAAGAGAUGUUUUCGUGCUUCUUCUCUCUGAUGUUCUGGUUUUCCUUCAGGAAAAAGAGCAGAAGUUCAUAUUUGCUGCAUUGGAGCAGAAACCUGCUGUCGUCCCUCUGCGUGCUUUGAUCCUGAGAGAAAUAGCUAAUCAGGAUCGAGGACUGUUUCUAAUCAGCAGUGAGGCAACAGAACCAGAAAUGUAUGAGAUUCACACACACAGUCGCGAAGAGAGAGACAGGUGGAUCACACUGCUGCAACACACCACAGACAGUUUGCCUGACAAUGAACUGAAGAACAAUGAAGAGGUGAAAUGCAAGGACAUAAACACACUGCAAGAGGCUUUAUUAUCUCUAGAUGUGCAGUUGUAUGCAGUUCUGGAGGAGAAACUGAGGAUGUGUGUUUGGACUUUAACUCACAAGCACCUGCUCAUACAAACACACACACCACGUGGAGCAACACUACUGACUACUGCACAAGCAGAGGUAGUAAAUCUGCUGGUGUGUGUGAUAUCACUGCUCUUUGGUUAUCAUGAUUUCAUUCAGCAUGCUGAGGAACUGAGCAAGAAACAUCUAAAACAGAAGGAAUCUCUUAUAGUAAAGGUGGUGGACUGUGUGCAGAGUUUAACUCAAAUCCUGUACAGUUUGCAGGCUGCAGUUAUGAUGCAGGACAGUGUGUAUGAGGUUCAGAAACUCCUGAUUCAUGAAGAAAGUCUGCAGCCUGACAGUGAUGGGAAGGUUGAUGAUUGGAGUCAUUGCCAUUUAAAUAUGGAGCCAAGAGACAGUGAAGACUCUGAGGAGAUGGACAGGAUGAAAAGAGAGAAGGAGGGGCUGGGGGUGGAGUUACAGCAGUGGGCAGAGCGAGCUCAGGCUCUGAGAGAGGAGGAGGCAGGAGUGGAGCGUGAAAGAAGGUGGAUCCAGCAAGAGGAGAGACGAAUAAGGAAGGAAAGAGAGAGGAUGGAGAGGAAACUCUGCCUCUCCCACCAAAACUCCACCAAUCGCCAGCGCAGCCUGUCCAUUAUCCUACUGGACAAAUGAGUGUGUGUGUGUGUGUGUGUGUGUGUGUGUGUGUGUGUGUGUGUGUGUGAACUGUCUUACUUGCAACUAUUACCACACCCCUCACCAUAACCCCUUACUUAUCACUAGCUGGAUUAUAGUAUGUAAUUUGUAAAUGUAGUGAGGGUGUGUGUGUGU